AUGGAGGCACCUGCUGAUACAGAGAACCCACCUCAACAAGAAAGCAAUGAGGAACAACAACAACAGCAACAGCAACAGCAACAGCAGCAACCGAUCGAGACGAAUGAGAAUGCACAGCCGUUAGAGGAGCAGCAACAACAGGCACUUGACGAGACUAGCCAAUCCGCUGACGCGCCCAACGAUUCGAUGAUUGCCAAUGACAGUGAACAGCAGACGAUGCCUAGUGCUGAUCAAGCAGUUGCAGAGGAAGAUACAACCUCCAAGCAAGAUGAAGCGACGCCGAUUACAAAGUCUGAAAGUGAGGCUCAACCAGAGAGUCAAGAUUCAACGAGCAAAGAGGAAGCUGAUACUGCAACACCCAUGGAUGAGGAUGUCUCGCGUAAACCAGAAGAUAAUGCUGCUUCCAAUGAGCAACAAACCGAGAAGGAUCAUAGUAUGCCUGAUGCUGAGCCAUUACAGCAACAGCAGGCUUCUCAAUCACCAUCAUUAUCAUCAUCCACAACUCCUGCUACAUCCACUCCACCUUCUCAAUCCCAAGCAACGACAUCUUCAACAUCAGCAACAGCACCACAACCACCACCCCCAUCCUUUAUCAGUGAGCCUGCUUCAUGGCAAAUACCACCUAGUGCUCUACAAGCCAACAACACAUCAUCUCCCGGAUUACGUGCUGCUAGUCCCGCCAUACCAGCUGCUGCUGCAUCGAAUGUCUAUAACAACACUCACAUGGAUGUUACACCUGAGCCAGCAACGAACAAGGCACAAGCUAAACGAGAGCGAUUGGAGCAACGCAUUGCCAAAUCUCAAUAUGAUUCCAAUGCUUGGCUUGCUUUGAUUAACGAGAUUCAACAAACGGGUGAUUUGGAAGCGACACGCGAUGUCUAUGAAAGGUUCCUUGAAGUUUUCCCAACAGCGUCGAGACAAUGGUUGGCGUAUUUGGAAUUAGAGCUCAAGUACUCGAACUUUGCCGAAGUGGAAGCGUUAUUUACUCGAUGCUUGAAGACCGUGCUAUCCGUUGAUCUCUGGAAGUUUUAUCUUGGCUAUAUUCGCCGUAUCAAUCAGGGCGAUUCUGGCACUACAAUGACACCUGAAGCUAGAGCGAUCAUUGAAAAGGCUUAUGAAUACGUUCUCAACAACGUCGGCAUUGACAAAGAGGCAGGAUCUAUUUGGGCUGAUUAUAUUUAUUUCUUAAAGUCGGCAGAGGCUACGAAUACAUGGGAAGAGCAACGCAAGAUGGAUAGCAUGCGCAGGGCGUAUCAGAAGGCUGUCGCCAUUCCUCUCAACAAUGUCGAGCACCUUUGGAAGGAAUAUGAUCAAUGGGAGAAUAACCUGAAUCGACUUACUGCAAAGAAAUUCCUUGGUGAAAAGUCGGCAGCAUACAUGACAGCACGUACUGCCUUACGGGAGAUGAAGGCGCUUACCGAUGGUAUCAAUCGCAAUGUCGUUCCUAGACCUCCUCAAUGGACUGAUAAGGAAAUAAGUCAGUUGGAUUUGUGGAAACAAUAUAUUCAAUGGGAGAAGAAUAAUCCUCUUCAAUUGGAAGACGAGAGUCUCGUGGUGGAUCGUGUUGCGUAUGCAUAUCAACAGGCGUUUCUUGUGUUGAGAUUCUAUCCAGAGAUUUGGUAUGACUUUGCCAUGUAUUAUCAUGAGAUGGAGAAGCCUGAGAAAGCCUUGAGUGUUUUGAAGCAAGGCAUAGAGGUGUUGCCAACAAGUCUUUUGAUCAAUUUUGCCUAUGCCGAGGUUUGUGAGACGCGUCGCCAAUCGGAUGAUGCUCGGCAGGCAUUUGACACGCUCUUGGAGUAUUUGGAUAAAGAAGUUGAAAAGCUCCAAACUGCUUGUCAGGAAGAAGUCGACAAGAUACAAGCGGAUGCAGAUGAAGAAAAAGCCAACAUGAAUUUGAGUGAUGAUAUCGAUGGCGAGAUGCGAGAACAACUGCGUACACGUGAAAAGCAAAUCAAGAAGGAGCAGGAUGAAGUUAAGAAUCGCACGAACGAACAAGUUUCCAAGCUAGCCAAGGCAUGUUCAUUAGUGUGGAUCAACUAUAUGCGAUUUGCUAGACGAACAGAGGGAAUCAAAGCAGCAAGAGCUCUAUUCUCGCGUGCUCGCAAGGCUGCCAAUCGAACAUACCAUGUAUUUGUUGCAUCAGCAUUGAUGGAGUAUCACAAUAGCAAGGAUGCGACCGUUGCUGGCAAGAUUUUUGGUUUGGGACUCAAGCAGUUUGCCGAUGAUCCUGACUACGUGUGUGUGUACCUGGAUUAUCUUAUUCAGAUGAAUGAUGAUAACAACACGCGUGCCUUGUUUGAGAAAGCGCUUGCCACUCUACCGCCUUCCAAGUCCGAGGUGAUCUGGUCAAAGUUCUUGGAUUAUGAAAACAAGUAUGGUGAUUUACAGGGCAUGCAAAAUGUGGAAAAACGACGACGCGAAGCAUUACCUUCCAUUACAAACACACAAUCAUUUCUUGAGAGACACAGUUAUCUGGAUGUUCAUUCUAUUGAAGAAUUGGAUCUUGGUGCUGAAGUGCGCCAGCAUAAGAUUCCCGAGUCCAAACAAGCAGCAGUAGCAGCUGCAUCGGCAGCAGCAGUAGCAGCAGCACCCGCAACGGCAGGCAGUGUCAAUGCAACACCUGAUCGUGGACGACAAAAGGAUGGCAAACGACCCUUACUUGAAGCUGUGAAUCCCGAGCGAUACCCAAGACCUGAUUUCAGUCAAUGGCAAUCCUUCAAGCCGUCAGAAUCAAGACGAGCACCUGCUACCAUGCCAACGUCGGCUCCUGGCAGACCUUCACCUGUAGCUGAUAUGGCGCCUGUACAAGUUAGUGCACCACCACCACCCAUGCCCCCACCUACUUCAGCACCCAUGGCAGGAGGUAUGCCACCACCACCACAACAACAACAGCAACCACCAAUGGGUCCACCAGCUUGGAGUCAACCCCCAACACAACCAGCAAUGACCGCUCCAUCACAACCUAUGCCAACUCCCACAGCAGGUUUACCUGAUCCCGUUGCAUACUUUGUAUCUAAUUUGCCGCCACCACAAACAUUCAAUGGUCCUAAGAUACAAGCUGGUGAAUUGGUGGAUCUUUUACGCAAUGUCAUCAUUCCUCUACCACAACAAGGCAUGCCACCUGGUCGUGGUCCCCCACCUAAGCCUAUGGGAGGUGGUCAACAUAUGCCUCCUCGGGAUAUGCCGCCACAACGAGGUGGAUUUGGUGGUCGUGGACGAGGAGGUGGAGGUGGAUUUAAAGGAAGAGGCGGUGGACCUGGACGAGGAGGGAAACCAAAUCAAAAGCGACGAAACCGUGAUGAUUAUGAUGACGAUUAUGGCUCUCACAAAGGUAUGGGACCUAAUCGACCACCACCCUAUGACGUCUUUCGAUCAAGACAAGCCAAAAGACAUAGAGAUGAUCCCGGUUACUAG